AACACCUACAGCUGUUGAUUUUGUCUGCGUUGAUUUUCAAAGUUUUUUCCUGGUAAUUUCACAAUUCCAAUAUUUUUUGACUGUAAAAUGGAGAAAUUCGUGCGGGACACACUGUCAAAAUGUCUGGACUGUGUGGUCACAGAUCAAAUGUUGUCAGCCAUACUUAACAUCAAAGAUGACUACGAAUUCGAUAGUUAUUUUGGCAAUUUACUCAGCGAGGACAACGAGGAGCACCGAUUGUUCCUGCUAAAUUGCCGCAGGAUGCUUUUGAGUGGAAAACAGCCGCGAAAUAAUGGCAAAAGUCGCACUCCUACCAAACAAAUGCCGCCCACAACGCCGCCCAAGAAUCAAAAAGAAAGCCAAGGAGCCAAGGGAAAAUCGGGAAAGUAUGUGAAUCUAUAUGCCAGUGAUGGCCGAGUCCAUGGAGACACCAUAUUGCUGAAGGGCCGAAGGUUCUGCGACUGUCAGGCGGCACAGCACAAGUUGAUCAACAACUGUCUGGGUUGCGGCAGAAUCGUUUGCGAACAGGAGGGCAGCGGUCCUUGCUUGUGCUGUGGCGAUCUCGUCUCCACACCCGAGGAGGAACAGCAGCUGGCCAAGGCGGCCAGGGAGAAGGGUGCCUCAAAACCUGCCACAAAGCAGGCCAAAAAGUCAGCCAAGGAGAACGCCAAGGAGUUGUCUAAAGAGUCCUCAAAGGAGGGACUGGAAAAGGCUCUGGCCCAAAGAGAUCGUCUGCUUGAGUACGACAAAAACAGUGAGAAGAGGACCACGGUCAUCGAUGAUGAGCUAGAUUACUUUCAGGAGAACUCCGUUUGGCUAAGCGACGUAGAGCGCGAAAAGUUCGAGAAGCUAAAAAGCGAGAUGCAGGAGAUGAAGCACGGAAGUCGAAUGAAUAGAAAGAUCCGCGUGGACUUUGCUGGUCGGGAAAUGCCAGAUGAACCGACAGUCUCUAGGGAGUACGAGCAGCAGGUCAUCAAAGAACUGACGGCUGUUUCGAAGGCUUCGGGUGUCGGAUCCAACUGGAGUGCGUCUUCAAUCACAGGACACUCGGCUAUGGCACUCGCACCCAACUUGGACAUGGCAAAGCCCCCGGUUUAUAGGCCCAGCAAAGAGGCCAAAAGCUGGCCAGCUCCGGCAGCAGCUAGCGAUGGACUGGAGAGGAUCUACAAUCGGGUGCAGGACAAGGAGCUGCUCGAAAUGCAGGACAUGCGACAGUGCCUGUCGAUGCACCAGCCCUGGGCUUCGCUGCUAGUGGCGGGCAUUAAAAAACACGAGGGACGAGUGUGGUACAGUGAACACAGAGGUAGGUUGUGGAUCGCUUCCACUGCAAAAGAGCCACAUCCCGAUGACAUUGCUCAAAUGGAGGGUUUCUACAAGAUGCUCUACAGCGAUCCGGAUAUAAAGUUCCCUAGUCAUUAUCCUACUAGCAGUUUGCUAGGUUGCGUCCACGUGGAGAGUUGUUUGCCACAGGAAGAAUACAGGGAGACAUUUCCAAAUGGUGAAUCAGAAAGUCCCUACGUUUUUGUUUGCACCAAACCAGAGCAGCUGAAUUUGCUCCUGCCCGUUCAAGGCGAUCACAAGAUUUAUGAACUUCCAUUAAAAACUCACACGGCUGCAUGUAAAACAUUGCUAAGAUCCAGAGCCAACAAGGGCUAAGGAUCCAGCUUUAUCUUCAAACACAUUCUUUUAGUUUAAUAGCAUCAAGGCGUUUUUGGAUUCGAAAUCUAUUUGGAAAAAUUAAAAAUGUGUGUGUUACAAUUGCUAAGAAAAAAACUGAAAUACUACUUUAUUCUGAAUAAAACGUAAUUGUAAUUGUGAAAACAAUGA